CUCGUGGCCAACGCACACCCGCACAGCACCGCACCCAUCACCUGACUCGUGCGGUUGCGCAUCAGCACGAAUGACGGCGUGGUACUGGAUAUGUUUGCUCGCCACACCCACACCAGGAACAUGAAGAAGACUGGUGUGGUGCUGGGCCUGAAGAACAUCAUCGACAAGAUCCAUCCCAGUGGCAAUGCGCCACUCACGACCUCCGAGUCCAAGAGGCUCUUGACAGCUCUGACGAGCUCCUUUCGCAAACAUCUGGACGCUGUGCAUCCAUCAGCUGCUGCGGAGGACUCGAAGACUCGACCGGAGCUAAACGCUGGUUUUCCCAAUGUCAGCCACAAAAGCAUGCACUCGUCCGCGGCGUUGGCUCAGAAGCAUAUGGCUUCUGUCCUGACCAACCCAUUAAUGGUCAAGGGCGGCAAAGACUUCGGCACUGCCAAAGUUGAGCUCCAAAAGAACCCACAAAGGGACCCGAUCGCACUGCUUGAGGAGUACGACCAAGAAGGUGCCGCGACCGUUCGCAUUGCAGAGUUGUGUCUAGACCAUGUGAGAAAAGAGUACGAUACUGCUCGCGACGCACGAAAGCCCAAGCUUCUGGAUGAGCUUCAACCCGGUCGACGCGUCUUCCUCUGGCUGCUGCGUAGCAAUCUGUAUACAUCCGAAAGCUAUGCAGACAACGUUCGCUUUCUGGAGAAUCUGGUCUUCUUCCUUUUACACGAAGGACGGGAGGAGAACAUCUGGCAGUGGAUCAAACUUGAUGUGAAAGCUCCGGACUCUCUUCAAGGACCCCCGCCCGGCGUCGCUUUGAGUCUACGGAGGGAAAGCCUUUAUAGAUACCGAUGGCGCGGCCGACUGCUGUCUGCUACGCUACGCGCGAAAGCAGGUGUCACUUGGGAUCCCGCGCCUUCGGGCACAAUUCAGCGGCUCCGACCCGGCGGGCUGAACGCCGCUCUGGAUACUUUUGUCGCCGCAACUAAGCUCAUGCCGCAAUUGACCUGCCUUCCACUUGGCGGCGCGAGUACUUACCUGUCAAAGUUGUUGACUCGUCGCCUUCGAAAUGUCAAUCCCCGAGGCGACGUUGAACUUGCACCCGGCGAGAAAAUCGAUGGCGAGCGAUACGACAAGCUCAUUGAGGCAUUGCCACUUGCCUUUUCCAGCUACGAGGGACCUGUAGAUCCCAGAAAGCAAGCGAUACGGGAGGCGUUCUCACAGGCCGACGCGGCGAUGCUAUUACUUCUUCACCCAUACAAGCCGUCCGCCACCCUCUAUCUCAAGAAUUUGAAGUUCUUCUUUCCUGACGACCUGUCUCAAGCUCACUCCACUGUGACAGGAAGAAGCAAGAACGAUCAAAGAACCAUGGAGAACUGGUAUCGCGGUAUUUUGCAUUGUGCAGCCUUACUCUCACACCAGGGACACCAUAAAGAUGCCACUUGGGUCAGAGGUAGAAUUCCUUUAUAUCUCCCAGAGAAGACUGCCUAUGCUGAGCGGGAUGAGCGUGAGAUCCAUCUCCGGUUGGGAAGAAGAGAUACCGUACAAGAACGGCAAGAAGUAUCUCGACCAACGCGCAUUCCAUUCCCAAGCUUCGCUUGAAUUGUUGACACCGCCCAUACUCGGCUACGAUAGCUUCAUUCGUCGUCUCAGCAGGUAAAGAUUUGCGAGGUUAAACAACGAUUUGUCGCAAUUGAUCAAUCGGCGCAGUAGCAGCGCAUGAUCGUGGUCUCAUCACCUUGGGUAUCCAUCCGCUACACGGCAACAAAUCAACUCAGGAUAGUUGGGCUGCAAAACCAGCCGCACGAGACAACGCGUGGGCUACGACGGCCCUGUGCAGGACCGGUCCAACAUGCAGGAAGUGGAAGUCCAAACCUCGUUGGGCACGGGACUGGGUCACGAGAGCAAAGUGUACACGCUGGGUGCUCAACAUGACAAUUCACCUUUGCGUAACUUA